GCCUGUUUUCCCGCACUGCUCGGCCCGGACACACACUGCACUCUCUCACUCUCUCUCACACACACUCACACACACACUCACACACACACACACACACGGAGCGAGGAGACGACAUGGAGACGGAAGGGAGCCAGAGCAGCCUGUCCACCACGGACUCCCCUCACGACCCCUGUAAAAUGUUCAUAGGUGGACUGAGCUGGCAAACAACACAAGAGGGUCUGAAGGAGUACUUCUGCAAGUACGGCGAGGUGAAGGAGUGUAUGGUGAUGCGAGAUCCGGUUACCAAGCGCUCGAGAGGGUUCGGAUUCGUCACCUUUGUUGAUCAGGCCGGCGUGGAUAAAGUUUUGGCCCAGACCAGGCACGAGUUGGACUCCAAAACAAUCGAUCCCAAGGUUGCGUUCCCUCGCAGAGCCCAGCCCAAGCUGGUGACUCGAACCAAGAAGAUCUUUGUGGGAGGCUUGUCAGUGAACACCACUAUCGAGGACGUCAAGCAGUACUUCGACCAGUUCGGGAAGGUCGACGAUGCUAUGCUCAUGUUCGACAAGACCACCAACAGACACAGAGGAUUCGGCUUCGUGACGUUUGAGAACGAGGACGUGGUUGAGAAAGUCUGCGAGAUCCACUUCCACGAGAUCAACAACAAGAUGGUGGAGUGUAAGAAAGCUCAGCCCAAGGAGGUGAUGUCCCCCACGGGCUCGGCCAGGGGGCGCUCUAGGGUGAUGCCCUAUGGGAUGGACGCCUUCAUGCUGGGCAUUGGUAUGCUGGGUUAUCCUGGCUUCCAGACGGCCACCUACACCAGCCGGAGCUACGCUGGCAUCACUCCUGGAUACACCUACCAGUUCCCUGAGUUCCACUUAGAGAGGACUCCCCUUCUGACUUCACCUCACCCCCCUGAGCUCACAGCCAUUCCUCUCACAGCGUAUGGACCAAUGGCAGCAGCGGCAGCGGCAGCAGCAGUCGUCAGAGGCUCUAACCCGUCUCGCUCAGCUGGAUUUUUAAGUACGAGCAGCCCUGGACCGAUGGCAGACCUGUAUGGAAACGCCGGUCAGGAGUCAGCAGUGAGCAGCUACCUCAGCGCUGCAAGCCCCGCCCCCAGCACCGGAUUCAGCCAUAGUUUGGGGGGCCCUUUGAUCGCCACAGCCUUCACUAACGGAUAUCACUGAGAGUGGAGAGCUGUAGACUGAGAGCUGAAAGGAGUUUAAGCUGUUUCGGAGCUGAUUGGCCUGUCUCUGUCCGGUCCACCUCUUCGGCUGGGGCGGCUCGAUUUUUCGACAACCACCCCCGACCCCUCCAGCCGACCCUACUGACGCUUCACUUAACUCCACCUCCCAACGAAACAAAAAAAGAGAAGUUCAUAAAAGGAGCAUUUAUCACUAUUUGUAAUAGCGACACAUGCAGAUGCUGAAUUUUUAGAGUUUUUUCCGUUGUUAUGUUUUACCUUGUUGUUGUUUUGUUUUUUUGAUGGCUGUGUUUCUUUAUCUGUUUUGGCUGUAUUUUAUUGGGUUAUGUGAACUUUGACCUCUGAGAUAAGAGGAGUUCAAGCUCCGGGUGAAGCCCAUACGAAGGUCAAGAGCUGUAAUUUGUACUGAGAAAAAAAAACUGUAUAUUUGUCUAGUUGUCUAUACUAGUUCAUACUGAAUUUUAACAAAACAUUUGUGAUUAAUACUAUUUCUUGACAAUGUGUCACAAAGUGUAUAUCUUGGUAGGUUUCUAACAAAGACUUGUUCUACUAAUAAUGGUCACACAAAGGUCAUUAGUCCCAGUUGCAUAAUAUGCCAACAUGAGCUGUACAAUUUUGUAAAAUAUUGUAAAUAUGACUCGUUUUCGGGGGGCUCAGAGGGGGCGGAGGGUGGGGGUUCAGCUAAUUGUGUGUGUGUGUGGGAGGCUUUGGAGAAAUGUGUUGGAAAGCUUGACUGUUACGUAUCAUACUUUCACAUGAGGGUCGAGAACAUUUCAGUUUGCCUGUCACCAGAAGACCAGCCGCUCAGCGUGUCUCUCUCCAGAGUUAGUGCAGCGGAGGAGAGACGCUGAGUCUGGUGCAACAGUCCUCAAUCAGGAGAGUUAACAAGAAAAAAAAAAACAUGCUAUUUUCUUACUUUGUCAUGCUGUUGUUUUAACUGUGAUUUUUCAAUAUACAAUGUGUGUUUGUGAAGGAAAAUGAAGGACGAGUGUGCGGGAGCAGUGGUACGCAGUUAGCGUGUUUACGGCUGAUUGUUUGCGUGAUCAUGUCAUGUGGUUUUGUACACGUUGGUUUCCAAUGUGCCAUGUGCUGUUUUUCUUCGGGGGGGAGGGUUGGUACCUCAGUUGCAAAUGUGAAAUUUUAAUCAGACUUUUUUUUAUUGUUGCAUUAACAUCUGUGUCAAAGUGUGGAUGGUUAAACCGUUUAGAGAGGUGGCUUUUCUAACAGGAAAGGAGGGGAGGGUCAUUUUAACUCUCACCUGUAUCUUCACCUGUCACCCACCCCAUCCUAACCAUCACUGCAUAUCCACUGGAGGUCACAGACUGUAGCAAUGUGACUACUAUUUUUAGACCAAAACAAUUAUGUUCAGAGCUACUAGUAUGUUGCACUGGCCGAUCACAAUAAAUGUGUUUCGUUUUUUUGAAUAGUAGCUUAAGAACAAAGCACUCUCGAUCUGCAAGACACAGGUUUUUACAUUUCGCUCGCUCACACUGCUACAGGUCACCAUGGUAGUUCAUUCAUUCUUUGAUGCUGUUUUCACUGAAAAAUAACAAUCUUGUCAACACUGUAACUUUUUUCUGAUUUUCUUUUUCCUGUCAUGUUUAUUCCUUUGGAAAAAAAAAACUUUUUAAAAUUCCUAAUAAAUUAUUUAAAAACAUUCCA